UGCCAUACCGUACCUCCAAUUCUUUACCUACAAUAUUUCAACUACUUGGUAAUGAUGGUCAAAUAUGAAAACUCAUUAAAAAUACUCUAAACCAGAUCGGAUUGAGGGAACCGGCUCGCCCGACCCUGAAAAUCGGUUCAGAAAGUUCUAUCAGCGUCCGACGUGCCGCUACAGGAUUUGAGACGCCACAUCACCCAAACUCUUAUUUUCCAGUUUAAAACAUCACCAUCGGCCAUCGCAGGUCAAGUCAAACUCCGAACUCCUUAUUUUUUAAUUUACUUUUCUUAUUUUGCAGCCUGCAGCGUGUUGUAAAUCGUUAAGGCAAGAAAAACAUUGGUCUCCAAUGGGGUGGAUUGAAGAAAAUAUGAAAUCAACUCAUAUUAGACAAAUUGUCUCUCAAGCCAUCAGCCUCGUUUAAAUCUCGUUAAGGAAUGGUUAUUUCAUCGGCACUGAUAAUAUGGAAAGGAUUGAUUUGCAUUACUGGGAGCGAGUCGCUGGUGGUGGUUGUGCUAUCUGGGAGUAUGGAACCCGGUUUCAAACGAGGAGAUAUAUUGUUCCUAUACAUGAACAAGGAUCCUAUUCGUGCAGGACAAAUCGUUGUCUUCAAUGAUGGACGUGAUGUUCCGAUUGUUCAUCGGGUGAUUGAGGUUCAUGAGCAGCGAGAUAGCAAAGAAGCUGAUAUACUCACUAAAGGAGACGCUAAUCUUUACGAUGACAGAAUGUUGUACACAUCUAGUAAUCGUUGGUUGCAACAAAAAUACAUCAUGGGCAGAGCUGUUGGGUUCUUGCCUUAUGUUGGCUGGUUGACAAUUAUCAUGACAGACAAGCCAAUAAUCAAGUACAUACUACUGGGUGCAUUGGGAUUACUGGUCAUAACCUCAAAGGAGUGAAGGACAAGCUUACGAGAUUUGAGACAUGAUUUAUAAUACACCAGAUUUCUUUCUAGGAAUUCAGAACAGUGGAAAUGUAAAAUAUCAAAACUUUUCCUUCUUUUUUUCUUAAAAAGAAAAUAACUACUACUAUUAUUUUGGCGCAGUAAUAAUAAAUUUAUUUGGGAAUUUUGUUA